CGGGCAGCCCGGGCCAUGGCGGCGGGGGCGCGCGGCCUCCUGCGCGGGUUGGCGGCGCUGCGCGGCCGGGGUGCGAGCCGGGCGGCCAUGUCUUCAGAUGCACAGUGGCUGACAGCCGAGGAGAGGAACCAACUUAUUUCUGGCCUGAAAGCAGCAGGAUGGUCGGAAUUAAGUGAGAGAGACGCCAUCUACAAAGAGUUCACCUUCAAGAAUUUUAAUCAGGUUACUCUACGGUGUGAGUGCUCGGAUGAGCUUGGGCAUUCCCGUCCUCUCAUAGACUCGUGUGCACUCGUUGUGAUAGGUCUCGGCAGCAUUUCCAUUUCAGAGGAUGGUUUUCUCAUCCUUCCUGAUGACUACAUCACGUUCCCGUGUAUACAGGCUUUUGGCUUCAUGUCCAGGGUUGCCCUACAAGCAGAAAAGAUGAAUCAUCACCCAGAGUGGUUCAACGUGUACAACAAGGUCCAGAUAACUCUCACCUCUCAUGACUGUGGAGGCGUGACCAAGCGUGACGUGAAGCUGGCCCAGUUCAUUGAAAAGGCGGCUGCUGCUCUGUGAUCUCUUUCAGAACGCACGUCUGCAGUGUUCCCGAAGGCCAUUUGUGUGAAUAAAUGAAGUCAUAAAUCA